UUCAUUAAAAAAAGAGGGCAUAAUCCUCUUAGGUCACAAGGAGGUGGUGACAAUAUAGGCCUCUGCCUGGUACCUACUAAGUUUCUCCACAGAUGGGAGUUUCUGCCUCACCCUCCACCCCCCACCCCUGCCACACACAUACUCCUUGGAGACCCAGCCCUGCUGCUGUCACACAUUUCAGUGAUGUCACAGCUCCCCUCCCUGGGAGUUGCAGCACAGCCAUCCUGAUGCUCAGUCUGAGUGCUGGCUGAACUGAGAGGGGCAGAGCACAGAGAGUAUCUGGUACCAGUCUUGCUCUGUCUGUCUUUGAAGCCUCAGAGCCUCAGCAUGAGUCCAUCAGCAAAGAAGAGGCUCAAGAAUGGAGUGGUUUUGGAGGUUGGACUAAGGACUGGACCUAGAGGGGGCCUUACAAAGAGUAACUGGGGCAGGCGGAGGGAAAGGGAGAGGUGAAGGGUGAAGGGAGGUCGGAAGAGUUAGAAUGGUCUCCCCAUUUCUGCCCUCAAACCAAAGUGACAAAACUCCUAGUCUAGGGUUGGUCAAAUAAUGCUGAGGCAAGUGGAGAGGCAUCCGGAGGCGUUCGGCGGGAUUCUUCCUGUGAUAGCUUUCUCUCUCUCUCUCAGGUGCAAGAUAAAGAACCACGGGACAAGAUACAGCAGGCUGUCAACAAAGUAACUAAGCAGAACCAACUUAAAAUGGUAAGAUGCCCCAUCCUGGUCCAGCCGAGGAGAGCCUGAGCACCAAUGCAGUACUUACUGGCCCUGGGUGCCAGCCUGAGUGACCCAGAAGAAGUCACCGGGCUGAAUUGAGCCAAAGUGUGGGUGGGAGUGGAAGGCUGUCCCAGGAAAGCUGAAGCUUCUGUUUUCCUGGUUUCUUGACUCUGGCAGGUGUUAAAAAAUUUGUCGCUCUUGAGGCUACUCAAGAACUCGAACCCCCGGAUCAAAAAACUGUAUAAACUGGCCAACAUGUGUUGGAAUUCAUUGCUCAGAGCUCCGACAAUCCUCCUGAUCUCCUCUGGGAACAUCGCUCUCGGCAAUGGAGUGGACCAGAAUAAUGGAGAGCCCCAGCAGGCUAGGUGCUCUAAGAAGAAACUGGAAUCCAAGAAGUUAGAGUCGAAGCGCAAGGUGGGGGUGGGGAAGAGGAAGGAGGCCCAGCAGCCACGUGCAGCAGUGCCAGGGAGAAAACAGGUGGAACCUGAGAUCCCAAGGACAUUGAGGAGUCAUGGCCUGACCACCAGCCCUGGACCCCAGGGGAGGCAGCGACCCACUGAGUGUCCCCAUGUCAUCUUCCUGAAGACCCACCAGCAGAAAACUGCCAUGGGGUACAUGGAGCAGCUGGCAGCAGCUGACCAGUGGAUCUGGUUUGAGGGGCUGCCCACACGAGUCCACCUCCCGGGGCCCCGCGUGAUGUGCAGGGCAUCCACCCUGCGCUUCGUCAAGCGCUGCUGCACCCGUUUCUGCUCUGCAUCACUUGAGCUGCCGAUGUACCAUCCAUACAGGGUGUGAUGACGCCACUGCCAGGCAGGGUGAGAUGCACACCCCAAGCCAGGCCCAGAGCUGGGACCCGGAGUCGGAGGGCUUGGGAUCCGGAAUCUUGGGGGCUGUGGCUGGCAGGCCCCACUUCAUACCUAGAAAGGGAAACUCAGAGAGGCGGAAGCUGCUGACUGCGGCCAUUCAGCAGGGCAGUGGCUAGGUUGGAGCCUCCCAGAAUCCCACUAGGGGCUCUGGGAAAGGAAGGCACAUUGUGGGAAUGUGGGUGCUGAGGUGAGUCAUCCCACUGCUUGGAGGCCUCAGGAGUGGCCACAACGGCUAUGGUUCAGAAUCUCACAGAAAUCUGAGUGAGCACGUUUAGGAAUUUCUAAAUGUGGGGGGAGGGGAGUGGUCAAGUAGGGCCCUGCCACAUCCCAUCUCCUCUCAGACAAAAUCAACUCUCUAUUUGUUUUAUUUAUUCAUGCUUCAAAUAAGAUUUACUCUGAAAAAGUUCCUUAGCACGAAAAAUACUCCAGCCGCUCUAUGAGAGAAUUCAGGUCCCAAGAAAGGAAGGGGGUGAUGAGCUUGGGGGUCCAGACGAAACGGAGGCUUCUCCUUCACAAAACCCCUUACCUCCAACCUGCCAGACAUCGCAACGCCAGGCCCCUAAGCCCUCUCUCUGGACCACAGCGCCCCCUGGGGGCAGCCUUAGCUCCUAACACCGCGGUCUCUCAGCAGGUUAUGGCCUUGGAUGGGAGCCAGAGUGUGAGCGGAGGGCAGAGAUCAUGCAAACAUCUGAAUGGGAAGGAAGGCUGGACGGGAAAAUUCGCGAGUAUACGAAUAAAAUCACCCAUAUGGCACUGAAGAAUAUUACGGCCGGCUCUGCCUGUUUGUCUGGGUCGGGAAAGGCGGGAGGCAAAAGGCCCUAGCGGAGGUAGGGGGAGAGGGCAUCAGGGCUUCAGGCUUCUUCUACCCCGUCCCCAGGUCCUUAAGGUCUGUCUAGAACCCGGAACAAAGAAGCCAGCGAGCUGCACCCCUUCCCACCUCCGCGAACUGACCUCCUAAGUGGUGUACUCUAUGAAGUCAUAGAAAGGGAACACUUUUUGGGUGUUUCCUGGGUGCCAGAUGCCUCACAAUGGCCCUGCAAGCCAAGGAGACCAGGAAACCGCGGUGCCGAGACUGGAAGUACUUGCCCAGACUCACAUCGCUCGGAGCGGUGGAGCCAGGACUCUAAUCUGGGUCUCCUGGCUGCUCCCUAUUUCCUUUUCCGAAGAAAGGAAAAAUGCCCAAGGGAGCAUCCCGCUCGUCAUGCGCAUGUAUUACCCUAAUUAUCAUAGCCUCGGGUGUCAAUAAGUGGGUGUCGCUGGGCCCUGCCUGAGUCACUGAAAGCACCUGAUUACGGAAAGCACCAAGUCAGGUGGGAAGCUGGUACUGUGUCCCAACUGCUCCCACGUGACAUGGCUCAUCCAUCAGCCAACCCUCAGCCCUGAUACACCCAUCUGGUCGGGGUGGCCCUAUGGGCAGAAGCCACAGGGUCCUGAACAUGCAGUUGGGGAGAGGAAAGCCCAGGCUUUCUCUGGACGAAGACUAUAAUCCUCCUUAUUCCCCUAGAGGCAGGCUGAGUGGAGCGGGUGCCCUGGGGAAAGCAAUGAAAUCACCCAGGGAUGCAGAGCCUCCACCCCACCCCCGGAAGCCAUUGAUGGAGAGGUAUCCCCACAUUGGCAGAGGGAGA